CACUGCCCUCUAGUGUAAUGAACUGAUUAUGAAAAAUACAAUUGAUCCCUGCAGCUGAGAUUGCAAAUUGCGCUGUUUGUCUUGGUUCAUCCACUUUCCUUUCUGGCUUUCUGAGCUCAUCAGUCCGACAACAAGCACAUGGAGCAGAGGUGGCAACACACAGCUGGGAUCUGUGUCCCAUCCUGACAUAAAGGACUGAUGAGUGCCAGUUCCUGACUGGACAUGUGGAGUAUUAGGUGAGAUCCAACUGAGGAGACACUGCUUCAGACACUGCCCUGCCUUAGACAAACAGGAUUUGAACCCUGGGGUCACGGACUCUCCAAAGCCAGAGGAGACAAUUCUUCUGUGUUAUUAUCGGAAAUGGCUAAUAAUAGAUGACAAGAAAGCCAGAGCAUUCUUUUGGCGGAGUCUCCUUGUGUAACAGCCGGAGAAGACAGCCGUCCUCGAAUUCGGUAAAUCAUGAUCCCCAUAACUGAGCUGCGCUACUUUGUGGACACGCAACCUACGUAUCGCAUCCUAAAGCCAUGGUGGGACGUGUUCACAGACUAUUUAUCGGUCGUAAUGCUGAUGAUUGCAGUAUUUGGGGGCACGCUUCAGGUCACACAGGACAAGAUGAUCUGUCUGCCCUGCAAAUGGGUAGUUAACAAGACAUGUAGGAAGUAUUUCAAUUCAACGUUUUCUGUGCCCUUGACCCUUGAACCUCAAGGAAUCCAGUAUGACCUUGAUCGGCACCAAUACAACUAUGUCGACGCUGUGUGCUAUGAAAACAAGCUUCACUGGUUUGCUAAGUAUUUCCCAUAUUUGGUGCUGCUGCAUACACUCAUCUUUCUGGCUUGCAGCAACUUCUGGUUCAAGUUCCCUUGGACAAGCUCUAAAUUGGAACAUUUUGUGUCUAUCCUCCUGAAAUGUUUUGACUCGCCGUGGACCACACGAGCUCUGUCUGAAACUGUCGUGGAGGAAAGCGACCCCAAAGCUCUGGUGAAAAUGAAUGGCUCCUUCGAUAAGAAGGCUUCAUAUGUUAGUGAAGACGUUGAAGCGAGUGUUCCCAUGCUGUCCACAACCAGAUCUCGUAUUGAACAAGGAAUCGUGGACCACUCUGAUACUGGUGUCCUGGAUAAAAAGGAAGGUGAACAAGCUAAGGCGUUGUUUGAGAAGGUGAAGAAGUUUCGAAUUCAUGUUGAAGAAGGCGAUAUAGUCUACCGACUCUACAUCCGACAGACUAUCAUCAAAGUUGUUAAGUUUAUCCUUAUUAUCUGCUAUACAGGCUACUAUGUACACAAUAUUCAGUUCAGCGUCGACUGCAAUGUGGACAUCGAGAGUCUCACUGGUUAUCGCAUGUACAACUGUGCCCAUCCCUUGGCCACUCUCUUCAAGAUUUUAGCCUGCUUCUACAUUAGUCUAGUUAUUGUGUAUGGCAUGAUCUGCGUAUACACCCUCAGCUGGAUGCUUCGACGUUCCCUCAAGAAGUACUCGUUUGAGUCUAUCCGAGAGGAGAGCAGCUACAGCGAUAUUCCAGACGUGAAAAACGACUUCGCCUUCAUGCUGCAUAUGAUUGACCAGUACGACCCCCUCUAUUCCAAGCGAUUUGCGGUGUUCCUCUCAGAGGUCAGUGAGAACAAACUGCGCCAGCUGAACCUUAACAACGAAUGGACUUUGGAAAAGCUUCGACAGAGGAUCACCAAAAACUCCCAAGAGAAGUUGGAGCUCCACCUGUUCAUGCUCAGUGGGAUUCCAGACACAGUCUUUGACUUGGUGGAGUUGGAGGUUCUGAAGCUUGAACUCAUUCCUGAUGUCACCAUCCCACCAAUCAUUGCCCAGCUUACUAACCUCAGAGAGAUGUGGUUGUACCACACGCCAGCCAAAAUAGAGGCUCCAGCGCUUGCAUUUCUGAGAGAGAACCUGAAAUCUUUGCACAUCAAGUUCACCGACAUAAAGGAGAUUCCUCUGUGGAUCUACAGCUUGAAGAACUUAAGCGAGUUGCAUCUUACUGGGAACCUUAGUGCUGAUAACAAUCGCUACAUCGUCAUCGACGGUUUACGAGAGUUGAAGCGACUAAAGGUUUUGAGACUGAAAAGUAACUUAACAAAGCUGCCUCAGGUGGUCACGGAUGUUGGAAUGCACCUCCAGAAGCUGUCCAUCAACAAUGAAGGUACCAAGUUGAUGGUGCUCAACAGCUUAAAGAAGAUGGUGAACCUGUCAGAGCUGGAGCUUGUCCGCUGCGAUCUGGAGCGCAUACCGCAUUCCAUCUUCAGCCUGCACAAUUUACAGGAGAUUGAUCUGAAGGACAACAACCUGAAAACCAUUGAGGAGAUCAUUAGUUUUCAGCAUCUUCAUCGACUUGUUUGUCUAAAGUUGUGGUAUAAUCAGAUUGCGUACAUACCUAUCCAGAUAGGUACUUUGAUCAACCUGGAGCGGCUGUAUUUGAACCGUAACAAGAUCGAGAAAAUGCCACAUCAGCUCUUCUUCUGCCGGAAGCUGAGGUUUCUUGAUCUGAGCCAUAACAAUCUCACUGAUAUCCCAUCAGAAAUAGGAACUCUGCAGAACCUUCAGUACCUUGCUGUAACUGCCAAUAGGAUUGAAGCGCUCCCCCCUGAGUUGUUUCAGUGUAAGAAACUGCGAACGUUGAACCUCGGAAACAACUGCCUGCAGUCUCUACCCUCUCGGUUUGGGGAGCUCACCAGUCUGACGCAGCUGGAGCUGAGGGGCAACCGGCUCGAGUGCCUUCCUGUAGAACUUGGGGAGUGCAGAUUGCUGAAGAGGAGUGGUCUAAUUGUGGAGGACAAUAUUUUCAACACUUUACCUUCUGAGGUCAAAGAGCAGCUGUGGAGAACUGACAAAGAGGCUUCCUGAAGCAGAUGAGCACUUGCCUGUGUGAAGAUUUGAAAUAGUGUGAGGAGAGGAAUUCAGACCAAGCAAUAGAAAAUUAAAUUAUACAUGUUUGUCACAUUUUUCGGGGUUCAUGAGAAUGUUUCCUGAAAAACAAAGGGAAAAAAGGUCAGUAUUUCACAAUAUGGCAUGUCGUGUUUAAUUGUACCAUAGACAGCAAUGGCAUUUCUGCUGCUUGACAUUGAGGAGUGAGCAGACCAAAUAUUACAUCAGGAUUAAGGUGCUGUUCAUUGUUGCCUUAAUAUACACAAACACCAUUCACUUACAGUAUUUUAUUAUAAACAUUUCUACUGUAUUUUAUACCAGUGUUACUGUGUAAGUGUUACCGUCUGUGAAAUCACUCUAAUUUUACCUAUUCUUAAAUCCAUGUGUACUGUUGAAGACUCCCAAUUCAACCCGAUUAGGGUUUACUGCUAUAAUAUAUUUUGUUUACUUGAAAAUCAUUAAUAUGUGAAUAACUGGUUAAUAUAUUCUAGAAACAUAAAGGACACCAAUUAAGUUUUUUGUUUGUUUAUACAUGCCCUAUACAUUACUUAGCACAUUAAUAUGCUGUAGUCUUUUUGACAUACUGAUGUCAUCUCUGUUGCUUUAGAAACAUGCAUAAUUCAAUAUUCAUUACCUCUUUCACCCCCAAAAACAUAGCAAGUUAAUAUUGUCUACAGUAUUCUUAAAAUCAUUGUCUUUAUUGGAAGUUUAAUGUGUUUAACUGAGCAAAUGAUUUUUGAUGUUUGCAUGUUUGCAGUAUUUAUUAACUGAUGCACAAACAAAAGCUAAGAACUUUUAUAAAAUGUACACUAAAAGAUGGUGUUAAUGUCUGUAUCACUAUCUAUGUAUUUUGUUUUGUAUUAACAUAUGCAUGUUAGUAUUACUUUUUUCUAAAAAGUUAGAUAAAGCCUUGAUUACAUUAUACCUUACAAAUACAGCACCUUAUUUUCACCGGUCUGCUCACUUUGAAACGAGAAUUAUCAAUUAAUCAUUUCUAAUGAGCAGUUUACUCUUUGUAAAGGUUGUUUAUUCAUUGAAUUCAGUUGACAGACAUGUAAACAUUCACAUUUGAAAUAGACUAGUACCCUCAACUUUGCACAAAAUGUUCUCUCCUGUUGUAUUUAUACUCAUGACAUGUUAUUCUCAUGACAGUGUGUGACAUCACACCGUUAAGAAGACAAUCAGAAGUAUUUAGUGAAAUUUUGUGUAUGUGUGCAAUGCAGUUUUAGUAUGAGACAUUGAAUUAUAACUUUAAGUGUGUAAUGCAGGUUAAUACUUCAUGUCACUUAUUUGCUUCUAGUAUGAUUAACAUAGCUGAUUUGUCUUGUUAUUGUAAUGGCCAUAUUCAGUUUGUUGAUAUGUUAACAAACUUGUUACUGUUGAUAGGUUAUUGAACAGCUUGUUGCAUGUUUUCUCAUAUUACCUCAAGUAUGAAACAUUGUAGAAUUUGUUUUUCUUCCAUAUAUACACAUUGGAAACUAAGCUAAUAGAAUUUCAUGACUUGUUACUCAGGUAAGUGCUGUUCAACUUUGUACAUUUGAAGAUCAACACUUUUUUAAUGUCUGUUAUUUGAGGGGUUUUUUUUUUUUUUUUUUUUUAAUAAAAAUUUUUCCAGUGUUAACAUAUUUGUAACCAUUUGAUAUAUUUAUGGUUGAUGAUUUGAUUAAUUUGUGUAUUCUAUAAACCCACUAUGAUGUAAAAUAGAAAGUAAAUGCCACAAAAUGUAUCAAGCCAUACAGAGUGAAUAAACACUCAGUUUUAGUGUCAAUAAAAAUAACUAAAAGCGUUUUAGUAUUUGUCCUGA